CAAAUUUCGUGCAAACCUUCGACACCGCAGCGCUGUGAAAGCCGUGGAGGCUGGGAAGCCCACCUGCCGUCGACAUGCUCACUAUGCGCACUCAUGAAGAGGUUGGCAUUGCUGUCGAGACUGCAUGUACAGGAUCUUGAAGCAUCCUUUGCGUGGGCACCUCCACUCUCGACCGAACCUCGCGAUGCAGAUGACUUGCUUGCUGGUCCAGAGAGUAUCUCACCUGAUGAUAUUGCUGCUGAAUUUGCAGCUCUCGAGGAGUUGAAAAAGACUGAAGAAGUUCACAACGUUAACGAAGUUGAAGUGCUCGAGGGAAAUGCUGUUGAUUUUGACGAGUUGGAUCGGGUUGAACAAGGAAUAAUAUCACAGGUAAUUCUAGAUGAGGUUGAGGUGGUUAAUUACAAUGGUGAUGGUGGCGGAUGGGACGAGCGCCUAGAGUUUUGCCACCCUGGCAAAACAACCGGUUUUGCCAGUUUUGCCGGUUAUAACCGGCAGAACUAA